AUGUCUGCCUCGGGUGUUAACGUGGACCUGAACUCCACAGCACGCUUGAGAAAAUCACACCAAGCCAAUCUGCAUUCUCCUUUGAGAAAUGAGGCUUCUUCGGAUGAUGUCGACUCGGCUGAAGCCAAGUAUGAAGAGUCCACCACCAGUGCUUUGCUUAGCUUGGAGAAAUGGUUGGCUCCUCUUACGUUCACCGUGCUUUCUUUCCUUUUGAGAGCCUACAGAAUCUCCGUCAACAACCACGUUGUCUGGGAUGAGGCCCAUUUUGGUAAGUUUGGCUCUUACUACUUGAGACACGAGUUCUAUCACGAUGUUCACCCUCCUUUGGGUAAGAUGCUUGUGGGUCUUUCUGGCUACCUUGCCGGCUACAAUGGCUCUUGGGACUUCCCUUCUGGUGAACAGUACCCAGACUACAUCGACUACACCAAGAUGAGACUUUUCCAGGUUUUGUUCUCUGGAUUGUGUGCUCCAGUCGCCUACUUCACUUGUAAGGAGAUUGGCUUCUCCAUCUUGUCUACCUGGCUUUUCACCACCAUGGUCACUUUCGAGUUGUCCUACGUUACCUUGGGUAAGUUCGUCUUGCUCGACUCGCCUCUUUUGUUCUUCACCACUGCUACUGUUUUGGCCUUCUCCCGCUUCAACAACUUUAAUACCCGCCGCCAGGAGUUCUCCAGAAAGUGGUGGAAGUGGCUUUUGAUCACUGGUGUUGCCAUUGGUUGUACCAUGUCCACCAAGAUGGUUGGUUUGUUCGUCACUACCCUUGUUGGUAUUUACACAGUCGUUGACUUGUGGAACAAGUUCGGCGACAAGACCAUCACUUGGAAGAAGUACUUUUUCCACUGGUUGGCCAGAAUCUUGGCUUUGAUUAUCGUGCCUUUCUGUGUUUUCCUUGUCUCUUUCAAGGUCCACUUUGACCUUUUGUACAAGUCUGGUACCGGUGAUGCUAACAUGUCUUCUUUGUUCCAGGCUAACUUGGAGAAUAGUGAUGUUGGUGGUGGUCCAAGAGACGUUACUUUCGGCCACUCUUACGUUACCCUCAAGAACCAAGGUUUGACCGGUGGUUUGUUGCAUUCUCACGUUCAGACUUUCCCAGAAGGUUCCAAGCAGCAGCAGGUCACUACCUACUCUCACAAGGACUCUAACAACAACUGGAUGUUCCAGAAAGCCCGUGGUGAGCCAUACUUCGAGCCUGCCAAAGACAAGACUGCUGACUACGUCCUCGACGGUAUGACCGUGAGACUUAUGCAUCCACUGACUGGUAGAAACUUGCACACCCACGAGAUCGCUGCUCCAUUGAGUAAGUCCGAAUAUGAAGUUGCUGGUUACGGUAACUUGACCAUUGGUGAUCUUAAGGACAACUGGGUUGUUGAAAUAAUGGAGCUGCACGGAAAGGAAGACUCCUUGAAGUUGCACCCAUUGACUACUUCUUUUAGAUUGAAGAGUGCCGCUUUGGGGUGCUACUUGGGUGUUCCAGGUAACUCUUUACCACAGUGGGGUUUCAGACAAGGUGAAGUUGUCUGUUUCAAGAACCCAUUCCGUAAGGACAAGAGAACCUGGUGGAACAUUGAGAAUAACAGAAACGAGAUCUUGCCAGAUGCUCCUGAGGACUUCAAGUUGCCAAAGACUAACUUCUUCAAGGAUUUCAUUCAGCUUAACUUGGCUAUGAUGGCUACCAACAAUGCCUUGGUUCCUGACAGCGACAAACAAGACGACUUGGCUUCCAAGUUCUGGCAAUGGCCAACCUUGCACUCUGGUAUCAGAAUGUGCUCUUGGGCUCAUGACAGGGUCAAGUAUUUCUUGAUCGGUUCUCCAGCCACCACCUUGACUUCCUCCGUCGGUGUCGUCUUGUUCUGCUUCAUCACAUUAUACCACUUGAUUAGAUGGCAAAGACAGAUUAACGAUUUCCAGGACCCACUCAAGCUCAAGACCUUCUUGAUGGGUGGUAUCUAUCCUAUGUUCGGCUGGGGUUUGCACUUCAUGCCAUUCGUUAUCAUGGGAAGAGUCACCUACGUCCAUCACUACUUGCCUGCGUUGUACUUUGCCAUGUUGGUGUUCACUUACGAAGUUGACGCUUUCACUGCUCCAUUGAAGCGCUCCACCGCUCCAGCCGCUCGUGCUGCCUACUUUGGUGUGUACUUUGCCUUGUACGCAUUGGUUAUUGGAACCUUCUGGUACUUCAGAUGGAUCGCAUUUGGCAUGGAGGGUCCUAAGGAGGACUGGAAGCACUUAGAUUUCUUCCCAUCCUGGAAGGUUGCUAACGAUAACUACGUCUAA